GGCGGAGCCAAGCCCGCGGCCCGCCGGCUCCCGGGCGCGAAGCCCCCUCCCCUCGCCCCUCCCGCCGCGCUGCAGACGCGCGCAGGUACGUGAGGCCGCGCCCGGCUGGGACCUGCAGACGUGGGCCCGCCAUGGAGCACAUCCGCACGCCCAAGGUCGAAAAUGUCCGCUUGGUAGAUCGAAUCUCUUCUAAAAAAGCAGCCCUCGGUACUUUGUAUCUGACGGCUACCCAUGUCAUAUUUGUGGAAAAUGCACCUGACACAAGAAAAGAAACCUGGAUUCUUCACAGUCAGAUUUCCACCAUCGAGAAACAGGCUACAACCGCUACUGGGUGCCCUCUGCUUAUCCGCUGCAAGAACUUUCAGCUCUUGCAACUCAUCAUCCCCCAGGAAAGGGACUGCCACGACGUCUACCUCUCCCUCGUCCGCCUAGCAAGGCCAGUAAAGUAUGAGGAGCUAUACUGCUUCUCAUUCAACCCCAAGCUGGACAAAGAAGAAAGGGAGCAGGGCUGGAUGCUGAUCGAUCUCGGUGAAGAGUACAAGCGAAUGGGCCUCCCUAAUAACUACUGGCAGCUCAGCGAUGUGAACAGAGAUUACAGAGUUUGUGAUUCCUACCCUGCCGACCUGUACGUUCCCAGGUCGGCCACGGCACACAUCAUCGUGGGGAGUUCCAAGUUCAGGAGCAGACGGCGGUUUCCUGCGCUUUCUUACUACUACAGAGAGAACCACGCCUCCAUCUGCCGGAGCAGCCAGCCCCUGUCCGGCUUCAGUGCCCGCUGCCUGGAGGACGAGCAGAUGCUCCAGGCCAUCAGGAAGGCCAACCCAGGAAGCGACUUCAUUUACGUCGUGGACACUCGGCCUAAACUUAAUGCGAUGGCAAAUCGUGCUGCAGGGAAAGGCUAUGAGAAUGAAGACAAUUAUUCCAAUAUCAAGUUUCAGUUUAUCGGGAUAGAGAACAUCCAUGUCAUGAGGAACAGUCUGCAGAAAAUGCUGGAAGUGUGUGAACUUAAAUCUCCCUCCAUGAGUGAUUUUCUGUGGGGACUGGAGAACUCUGGCUGGCUGAGGCACAUUAAGGCCAUCCUGGAUGCAGGGAUCUUCAUUGCAAAGGCAGUUUCAGAGGAAGGAGCAAGUGUACUUGUUCACUGUUCCGAUGGCUGGGACAGGACUGCUCAGGUGUGCUCGGUGGCCAGCCUCCUGCUGGACCCUCACUACAGGACCUUGAAGGGCUUCAUGGUAUUAAUUGAAAAGGACUGGAUUUCCUUUGGUCAUAAAUUUAAUCACAGGUACGGCAAUCUAGACGGGGACCCAAAAGAAAUCUCUCCAGUUAUUGACCAGUUCAUUGAGUGCGUCUGGCAGCUAAUGGAACAAUUUCCCUGUGCCUUUGAGUUCAAUGAGAGGUUUCUGAUUCACAUUCAAAAUCAUAUCUAUUCCUGCCAGUUUGGAAACUUCCUAUGUAACAGCCAAAAGGAGAGGCAAGAACUCAAAAUCCAGGAAAGAACACACUCUUCCUGGGCUCAUCUGUGGAAGAAUCGGGCUGAAUACCUGAACCCUCUGUUCAGAGCUGACCACAGCCAGACCCGCGGAGCCCUUCGCCUCCCCACGGCGCCGUGCAGCUUCACGCACAAGUUUUGGAGUGGAAUGUACAACCGCUUUGAAAAGGGCCUGCAGCCCCGACAGUCAGUCACAGAUUACCUCAUGGCCGUGAAGGAGGAGAGCCAGCAGCUGGAGGAGGAGCUCGCGGCCCUAGGAGAAAGGCUGGAAAAAAUUCAGAAAGUCCAGUUAAAUCGCACUGAAGUGAAGAGUAAUAAGCAAAGUGAACCCCGCAAACACUCAGGGUUUUCUGCCUCAGACAGCAGCACAGCCAACACGCCCCAGGACUACACUGGAAACGUGAAAUCAUUUCCGUCCAGGAGCCCUUCACAAGGCGAUGAAGAUUCUGCUCUGAUUCUAACCCAAGACAACCUGAAAAGCUCAGACCCUGAUCUGUCAGCCAACAGUGACCAAGAGUCUGGGGUGGAGGAUUUGAGCUGCCGCUCUCCGAGUGGCGGGGAGCGUGCCCCGAGCGAGGACAGCAGCAAGGACCGAGAUUCCGACGAGGCCGUCUUCCUCACUGCCUGAAGAGAACUUCCCCGGGGAGUUCCAAAACAAAGGACACACACAAGACACUUUCCAAAAAUAAGGGAACAGUGCAAUUUAAGAUAAAACAUAACCCAAGAAAUGGUACAGGUCAUCGAGAAUUAUAAAAUGUAGCAAUGAAAAGGGAAAAAAGUCCAACUCUUAAGUUUCUCUAGGUGUUGAAGAACAGGAAGUAGCCAUUUCUUUUAUCAAGUAAAUAUAAGGAAAAUUAUUGCCCAUUUUGAAAAGCAUUCUAGACUGUGGAAGUUUUAUUCACUACAGAGCAGUGACCUCUACCGUCACUGGAGGUUACCAAUUCAGAUCUUCCUUGCACAGCAUGUGUCUGCUCAGGAAGUGCCCUGACCUCGUUCCUUCACACUUAUCAUCAUCUUUAGUCUUACCUCUUACUUCACUUCUAGAUGCAUAUUGUUUCCUAAAAUAUUUGAUGUUACCUUCUUUCCUGAAUCUGUUAUCAGUAUUCCUAAUGACAGAGCACAUUCUGGUUAACAGGUAGAUUUCUGUAAUUGGUGAGCUUUGUAACUGCUUAAGCUUAUCUUUCAGGUUUAACGAUCACUUCAGCUUUUCCUUAGAUAAUAUAUUUUGAAUUGUCAUAGUAAUUUUGUUGCCUUUUUCUGGAAUUUCAUAAUUCUCCUUAUUUAAAAAAUGCUAAAACUUAUAACUUACUUUUCUCUAACACCAGUCUAAUGCUUAAUAAAGUAGAAACAACAUUUA